UUUUCUAACAUAAAACAAUUGGAAUACACAUACACUAGAUGUUCAUAAAAAUACAUUUAAUUGGGCGAGUGUUAGUUCUUUUGGUGUUGGUUGGGCGGAUAUCGAUAACAACCUGGGGAGAUGGCUGAGCCAAUCAGUGCCACACUGGGGGCCCUGUGUCACAGCCACACCGUUCUUCCUUCUCCUCUUCAGCACUCACCCACUACACGCCCCUUCAAAUACAGACAAAAAUGGAAGUUUCCCAUAAAUAUCUUGUGAUGGCUCAGGAGUAUGUCAAUGAAUUAUGUGAAGGUAAACCAGCUUGGGAGAUUAUCUUGAGGACAGCAGGAGCGACCAUCCUACUAGCGUGGGCUAAAAACUUUCUCUUUAAAGAUGAAACUCUCUUUGAAAGGGGAAAAAAGACAGUGUUCAAGUUGGCUAGAAAGGUUCCAACAGUGAAAGCCAAAAUUGAGGAGGAAAUAGAAAAGGUAUCAGUUUCGAUGACACAUGAUCUAAACCAAGCCAUCGAUAAUGCUCCGUAUUUAACCAAGUUGCCAGAGAAAGGCUGGGGCUCUGAGCGAAUUAUGGAUGAGGCCACCAAGUAUACACAGUAUGGCUCUUUUAAGUGGGAGACUGGAUGUGCUUCUGGAACUGUAUACAAUGGAAACCAGGCUCUCACUGACAUAAUGACCAAAGUUUAUGGAAUGUCAGCUUGGACAAACCCUCUCCACCCAGAUGUCUUUCCGGGAGUAAGGAAAAUGGAGGCAGAAGUGGUGCGCAUGUGCUGUGCAAUGUAUAAUGGAGACAGCAAGUCUUGUGGUUGUAUGACAACCGGUGGUACAGAAAGCAUCAUCUUAGCAUGCAAAGCUUAUCGGGAUUAUGCAAUCAAUGUGAAAGGUGUUAAGUCACCAGAGAUGCUUGUUCCAGUGUCUGCUCACGCAGCUUUUGACAAAGGUGCCCAGCUGCUGUCGAUGCGCAUCAGACAUGUGCCUCUAGAUCCUAUAACUAUGAAAGUGGACAUGAAUGCUAUGAAAUCAAUGAUUAACAGAAGCACUUGUAUGUUGACAGGUUCAGCUCCUCAGUUCCCACAUGGUGUGAUAGAUCCCAUAGAGGAGAUUGCAGAGCUGGGCAUGAAGUACAACAUUCCUGUUCAUGUGGAUGCUUGUCUUGGAGGCUUCCUCAUCCCAUUUAUGGAAGAAGCUGGGUACCCUGUUCCACGGUUUGACUUCCGGUUGAAGGGUGUAACUAGUAUAUCUGCAGACACCCAUAAGUAUGGAUAUGCUCCCAAGGGCUCAUCAGUGAUAAUGUACAGAGAACCCAAAUAUCGUCACCACCAGUUUUUUGUCACCCCUGACUGGCAGGGCGGCAUCUAUGCUACAGCAACAAUUGGUGGAUCUAGAUCAGGAGGGAUUGUGGCAGCGUGUUGGGCUGCAUUAGUGUAUCAUGGUCACCAAGGCUAUGUGGACUACACCAAAGAAGUCAUUCAAACAGCUAAGAAGAUUGAAAAUGGAUGUCGUGUCAUCCCAGGGAUCUUUGUGUACGGCAAGCCUGAAGUUUCAGUGGUUGCUCUCGGGUCUCACCAGUUUAACGUCUAUGCUCUCUCAGAUCAAAUGAGCAAACGAGGAUGGAAUUUAAAUGCUCUGCAGUUCCCAUCAAGUAUCCACAUAGCUGUGACAGUUCUACACACACAGUCAGGGGUUGUUGAACGCUUCCUGAAGGAUAUCAAGGAAAUCUCUGAGUCUCUCAUGAAGAAUCCCCCUAAAAAUGAUGGAGGGAAUGCAGCUUUGUAUGGGAUGGCUCAGAGCAUCCCUGAUCGUUCUCUGGUGGGGGAGAUGGCUUGGUGCUACUUGGAUGCUGUCUACUCUACAAAAGGCAGCAAAACAGCAAAGAAGUCAAUAUGAAAUAGUUUAGUCACCUUCUCAUUAAAACCCAUUAUUUUCCACACUUUCACCUCAAAAUUUCUGGUGAAAUAUAAUUACUGUAGAGGGGGUUUUUUAUGUUUGUGAUUGAAAGUUACUAAAAAAAAUUAUGCCUCAUGUGUAACACUGUAUGAAAGAGAGAAAUUGUAAAGAGGAACUGUCAGGUAUUUAUUAUGAUGAUAAUUGAUAAUAUGAUUAAUGUAUCUUUCUUUUAUGUAGUUCAUGUGUGUAACACUAACAUGUUUUUGAGUAGGAGAAUGGUUAUAUACAAUGUAUAUUGACAGUGAAAUAUAUAUACACGUUUCACAUAGGUAGUUAGGAACUCAUAGAUUGAUAGCUUGGAAUCAGCUGGUGCGGCCAUAUUUGGGAGAGAUGCGCAAAGACAUAUUCUCGUUCACUGAUCAUACUCCCUCCCUCUCUCCUGCAUCUCCCACAAGCCCGUGUCCUUCCAUCCCCCAUUCAUUGUGUGUGUGAAGUGGUCUCUCUUUAUAUUUGUGUAUUUGUAUCAUCCUUUCUGUUACAACUUUUGUAAUGGCAUCUAAGCAUUCUGCUGAAUCUUUGGCUACCCAUAUUAUUCCGGAGAAACCACAAAAGGCUGUGACUCUUGAGACAAAGCUGGAAGUAAUUAAGUGUCAUAAACUCAGCGAUGACCCUACUAGGAUUAGGAAAGAUCUUGGUCUGGCUACUUCUACCAUAGCCACAAUUUACAAGCAUGUUGAAGAGAUUAAACAUAUACCAAUAGCCGGUUCAGGCAUUAGAUCUUUAUUGAUCCUUAAACACCAUUUUAGAAUUGAGCAUAGACCAGGUGAAUCACAUACCCUCCUUCCUCCCAGUGGGUAAUAGUGAAGCUGGCUGAAACUAAGAGUCUAAGCUUUAUGACUCUCCCAAGGGACUGGCAGGUUGCACACAGGCUGUUGUAACAUCACAACUAAUAUCCUUAGAUAGUCACCACUUGCUAUAAAACACCUUUUUUGGUAGAAAGUCAUAACUCUAUAAUGAAUUAGUCCCAUUUAGCAUCGUCUAGGAAUUCCCCUGGGAUUUUACUUCAUAGACUUGGGAUAAUACAGUAUUUGAGUUGGCUAGUUUGGUAUAGACUCGGUCAUAAUUGGGUUAUCAGGAGCAAUACUUUAUUUUCAGAAGCAUGUCCUUUUAUCUUUUUAUUAGUUAAAGUUACUGGUACUUUCUAAUAAGACUUUUAUUAUUAUUAUUAUUAUUAUUAUUAUUAUUAUUAUUAUUAUUAUUAUUAUUAUUAUUAUUAUUAUUUACUCUUAAGUUUUAUUUCCAAAUAACAGUACAGUACCUUUUAUUUUUAAGAUUUUUGCACCUAAGACCUCCACUUAAGUUUUAAGUCUGUUAUUCAUAACGGACAUCUGACUUUUUUUAAUGCGAGCUUAUAACUUUUUUACUUGUUAACAAUACCUCAAGUUAGAAGGGAAUCAGUAUUAAAGUAUGUAUAGUUUGUAUUGUUUUGAUGUGUUGCAAAUGAGCAGAAUUUCCUCUACAUGUAUCACCAAUUAAUAAUAUUUACUCCCUAAGACACUUGUUUGCCUAUAUUUUGUGGUUAAUUCUUUCCUGUUGUUUCAAGGAUUCUUCUUAUCUGCUUAUCUAUCAGAAACCGUUUGUGAUGAGCAUGUGUGCUGUUUUGCUUCACUGAUCAAAAUUAGUUUAGAAUAAAAAUAUUAUUGCUCGUUUGUACAGCAACUUUAGUGGGUGGUGAUACUAACACAUUUAUAAUUUCAGUAAGACCAAAAUCAUAUUUAUUAUUAUCUUCUCCAGUCAUCCAGUAAUACAUGCGGUAUUGUAUGCUAGUCAGUACGUAUUUUUUUUAUUAUAUUGCCUAAAUAUAUAAGUAAUAUAAUUUUGAGCAUUUCUUAAGUUAAUCACUAUACAGUAAUGAUAUAAGUAAUAUAUGUUUUAAAAUCACCUUCAGAAUAUUAUCUUUGAUUACCAGGUUUGGCCAGGAAAAAUAUAUUAGGUUGAAAAAUAAUCUUCACAUAAUCACAGUACUGUACUGUACUAAAUAGUAUAUUGAAAUGUGCCUUGACAUGUGAUGGGUGUUAAUAUAUUUAGUAUUUUUAUUAGUUAAAGCAAAACAUUUAUGGAUGUAAAUUACACAGUGUGUUAGAAAAGCUCAUAAGAAACCUGAUAAAUAGAACCAUUCCUUGUUAUGAAAUGUCACAUCAAGAACAUCUUUGCCACUUUCGUGUAUGAAAUUCUGAAACUAGUUACAGUGAUGUGAGAACUG